GCGGGCGAGCACCUCCGCGGAGCCCUUUAUCCCUCCCCGCGGCCUGCACCCUUUCACUGCCAGCCGACCGCGGGCUGCUCUCAAAGGAGCAGCUGCUAGACAGCUGGCUAAACAAUGGAGACCCCGCUUCCCCGGGCCCCCUCCCCUUGGGACAGAAGAUGGGGGGUGGGGGGUGGACGGUAGGCUUUGGAGAUUAGGGAGUGCGGGCUGUCCCCUGUGACUGGCUGGCUGCUCACCUCACCUUUCCCUGCAAAGGGGUGGGGUGCGUGUGGGUAGGUCAGACAGCCUGCCCCAGGCCUCUGGGAGAGACUGCCCUGACGCCCCGCCCUGCUAACCUGUCAUGCCAGUUGUUUCAACAAUGGGCAGGGGAGCUGCAGCAAGGUGAAACACAAGGGCCCUGUGCUAAGCUCCCGUAAUCCUCGGGGGGUGCCACCCCUGAAGCAGCGGCCCCACCAUGUUCCACCUAAUGAAGAAAGACAAGGACAGAGACGGCGGGCGGAAGGAGAAGAAGGAGAAGAAGGAGCGGAAGGAGCGGAUGUCAGCGGCGGAGCUCAGGAGCCUGGAGGAGAUGAGCCUGAGGCGCGGCUUCUUCAACCUGAACCGCUCCUCCAAGCGCGAAUCGAAGAUGCGCCUGGAAAUCUCCAACCCCAUCCCCAUCAAGGUGGCCAGCGGCUCCGACCUGCACCUGACUGACAUCGACUCCGACAGCAACAGGGGCAGCGUGAUCCUGGACUCGGGCCACCUGAGCACAGCCAGCUCCAGCGACGACCUCAAGGGCGAGGAGGGGAGCUUCCGGGGCUCGGUGCUGCAGCGGGCGGCCAAGUUCGGCUCCCUGGCCAAGCAGAACUCACAGAUGAUCGUCAAGCGCUUCUCCUUCUCCCAGCGGAGCCGGGAUGAGAGUGCCUCGGAGACCUCCACCCCCUCGGAGCACUCUGCGGCCCCAUCUCCGCAGGUGGAGGCGAGGACUCUGGAGGGACAGCUGGUGCAGCAUCCUGGCCCAGGCCUCCCUCGCCUGGGCCCCCGUUCCCGAGUCCCCGAGCUGGUGACUAAAAGGUUUCCAGCUGACCUGCGCUUGCCGCCCGUGGUGGCCCCGCCACCACCUACCCUCCGGGAGCUGGAGCUGCAACGAAGGCCCACUGGAGACUUUGGCUUCUCCCUGCGGCGCACGACCAUGCUAGACCGGGGCUCUGAGGGCCAGGUCUAUCGGAGGGUAGUUCACUUUGCUGAGCCUGGGGCAGGCACCAAGGACCUGGCCCUGGGGCUGGUGCCGGGUGAUCGUCUGGUGGAGAUUAAUGGGCACAACGUGGAGAGCAAGUCCAGGGAUGAGAUUGUGGAGAUGAUCCGGCAGUCCGGGGACAGCGUGCGGCUCAAGGUGCAAUCCAUCCCGGAGCUCAGCGAGCUUAGCCGGAGCUGGCUGCGGAGUGGCGAGGGACCCCGCAGGGAGCCAGCCGAUCUGGACCCUGAGGCCGCCUCUCCUGCCCACAGCCAGGCGAAGACAGAAGAGCAGAUUGCAGCUGAGGAGGCCUGGCACGAGACAGAGAAGGUGUGGCUGGUCCAUAAGGAUGGCUUCUCACUGGCCAGUCAGCUCCGAUCGCAGGAGCUGAGCUUGCCUGAGGGGAAGGUGCGCGUGAAGCUAGACCACGACGGGACCAUCCUGGAUGUCGAUGAGGAUGACACAGAGAAGGCCAAUGCCCCGUCCUGCGACCGCCUAGAAGAUCUGGCCUCGCUGGUGUACCUCAAUGAGUCCAGCGUCCUGCACACACUGCGCCAGCGCUAUGGCGCUAGCCUGCUGCACACCUAUGCUGGCCCCAGCCUGCUUGUCCUCAGCCCCCGUGGAGCCCCCGCCGUGUACUCCGAGAAGGUGAUGCACAUGUUCAAGGGGUGUCGGCGGGAGGACAUGGCACCCCACAUCUACGCCGUGGCCCAGACCGCAUACAGGGCAAUGCUGAUGAACCGUCAGGACCAGUCCAUCGUCCUCCUGGGCAGCAGUGGCAGUGGCAAGACCACCAGCUGCCAGCAUCUGGUGCAAUACCUGGCGACCAUCGCAGGCACCAGCGGGAACAAGGUGUUUUCUGUGGAGAAAUGGCAGGCUCUAUACACCCUCCUGGAAGCCUUUGGGAACAGCCCCACCGUCAUGAACGGCAAUGCUACCCGCUUUUCCCAGAUCCUCUCCCUAGACUUUGACCAAGCUGGCCAGGUGGCCUCAGCCUCCAUUCAGACGAUGCUUCUGGAGAAGCUGCGUGUGGCUCGACGCCCCACCAGUGAGGCCACAUUCAAUGUCUUCUACUACCUGCUGGCCUGUGGGGAUGGCACCCUCAGGACAGAGCUCCACUUGAACCACUUAGCAGAGAACAAUGUGUUCGGGAUUGUGCCACUGGCUAAGCCAGAGGAGAAACAGAAGGCAGCUCAGCAGUUCAGUAAGCUACAGACGGCCAUGAAGGUGCUGGGCAUCUCCCCUGAUGAACAGAAAGCCUGCUGGCUCAUCCUGGCUGCCAUCUACCACCUGGGGGCUGCAGGAGCCACCAAAGGUGGGCGCAAGCAGUUUGCUCGCCACGAGUGGGCCCAGAAGGCCGCGUACCUGUUGGGCUGCAACCUGGAGGAGCUCUCCUCAUCCAUCUUCAAGCACCAGCACAAGGGUGGCACGCUGCAGCGCUCCACCUCUUUCCGCCAGGGCCCUGAGGAGAGCAGCCUGGGAGAUGGCACAGGCUCCAAACUGAGUGCACUGGAGUGCUUAGAGGGCAUGGCAUCUGGCCUCUACAGCGAGCUCUUCACCCUUCUUGUCUCUCUAGUGAACAGGGCUCUCAAGUCCAGCCAGCACUCACUCUGCUCUAUGAUGAUUGUGGAUACUCCGGGCUUCCAGAACCCUGAGCAGGGUGGGUCAGCCCGAGGAGCCUCCUUUGAGGAGCUGUGCCACAACUAUGCCCAGGACCGGCUGCAGAGGCUCUUCCACGAGCGCACCUUUGUGCAGGAGCUGGAAAGAUACAAGGAGGAGAACAUCGAGCUGGCAUUUGACGACUUGGAGCCGGCCACGGACGAUUCUGUUGCUGCCGUGGACCAAGCCUCCCAUCAGUCUCUGGUCCGCUCAUUGGCCCGCCCUGACGAGGCAAGGGGCCUGCUAUGGCUGUUGGAAGAGGAGGCCCUGGUGCCAGGGGCAACUGAGGAUGCCCUCCUGGAACGCCUUUUCUCCUACUAUGGCCCCCAGGAAGGUGACAAAAAAGGCCCAAGCCCCCUCCUGCGCAGCAGCAAACCACGCCAUUUUCUCCUGGGCCACAGCCACGGCACCAACUGGGUGGAGUACAACGUGGCUGGCUGGCUGAGCUACACCAAGCAGAACCCGGCUACCCAGAAUGCCCCCCGGCUCCUGCAGGACUCCCAGAAAAAAAUCAUCAGCAACCUGUUUCUGGGCCGGGCAGGCAGCACCACGGUGCUCUCAGGCUCCAUUGCGGGCUUGGAGGGAGGCUCGCAGCUGGCGCUGCGCCGCGCCACCAGCAUGCGGAAGACCUUCACCACGGGCAUGGCGGCUGUCAAGAAGAAGUCACUGUGCAUCCAGAUUAAGCUGCAGGUGGAUGCCCUCAUUGACACCAUCAAGAAGUCGAAGCUGCAUUUUGUGCACUGUUUCCUGCCUGUGGCAGAGGGCUGGGCAGGGGAGCCCCGCUCUUCCUCCUCCCGCCGAGUCAGCAGCAGCAGUGAGCUGGACCUGCCUUCAGGAGACCACUGCGAGGCCGGGCUCCAGCAGCUGGACGUGCCCCUGCUCCGUGCCCAGCUUCGUGGCUCCCGCCUACUUGAUGCCAUGCGCAUGUACCGCCAAGGUUACCCUGACCACAUGGUAUUUUCCGAGUUCCGCCGCCGCUUUGAUGUCCUGGCCCCACACCUGACCAAGAAACACGGGCGCAACUACAUCGUGGUAGAUGAAAGGCGGGCAGUAGAGGAGCUGCUGGAGUCCUUGGACCUGGAGAAGAGCAGCUGCUGCAUGGGCCUGAGCCGGGUGUUCUUCCGGGCAGGCGCAUUGGCACGGCUGGAGGAGCAGCGGGACGAACAAACCAGCAGGAACCUAACCCUGUUCCAGGCGGCUUGCAGGGGCUACCUAGCCCGCCAGCACUUCAAGAAGAAAAAGAUCCAGGACCUGGCCAUUCGCUGUGUGCAGAAGAACAUCAAGAAGAACAAAGGGGUGAAGGACUGGCCCUGGUGGAAGCUCUUUACGACUGUGCGACCCCUCAUUGAGGUGCAGCUGUCGGAGGAGCAGAUCCGAAACAAAGACGAGGAGAUCCAGCAGCUGCGGAGCAAGCUAGAGAAGGUGGAGAAGGAGCGGAAUGAGCUGCGGCUCAACAGUGACCGGCUGGAGACCCGGAUCUCAGAGCUGACAUCGGAGCUGACAGAUGAACGUAACACAGGAGAGUCCGCCUCCCAGCUGCUGGACGCGGAGACUGCAGAGAGGCUCCGAGCUGAGAAAGAGAUGAAGGAGCUGCAGACCCAGUAUGAUGCCCUGAAGAAGCAAAUGGAGGUGAUGGAGGUGGAGGUGAUGGAGGCCCGUCUCGUCCGGGCAGCUGAGAUCAACGGGGAGGUAGAUGAUGAUGAUGCAGGUGGUGAGUGGCGCCUGAAGUAUGAGCGAGCUGUGCGGGAGGUGGACUUCACCAAGAAGCGGCUCCAGCAGGAGUUUGAGGACAAGCUGGAGGUGGAGCAGCAGAACAAGAGGCAGCUGGAGAGGCGGCUCGGGGACCUGCAGGCAGACAGUGACGAGAGCCAACGGACUCUGCAGCAGCUCAAGAAGAAGUGCCAACGGCUGACAGCUGAGCUGCAGGACACCAAACUGCACCUGGAGGGCCAGCAGGUCCGCAACCAUGAGCUGGAGAAGAAGCAGAGGAGGUUUGACAGCGAGCUCUCACAGGCGCACGAGGAGGCCCAGCGGGAGAAGCUGCAGCGGGAGAAACUGCAGCGAGAGAAGGACAUGCUCCUCGCCGAGGCUUUCAGCCUGAAACAGCAACUGGAGGAAAAAGACACAGACAUUGCAGGAUUCACCCAGAAGGUCAUCUCACUGGAGGCUGAGCUCCAGGACAUUUCCUCCCAAGAGUCUAAAGAUGAAGCCUCUCUGGCCAAGGUCAAAAAACAGCUCCGGGACCUGGAAGCCAAGGUCAAGGAUCAGGAAGAGGAGCUAGAUGAGCAGGCAGGGACCAUCCAGAUGCUGGAACAGGCCAAGCUGCGACUCGAGAUGGAGAUGGAACGAAUGAGACAGACCCAUUCCAAGGAGAUGGAAAGUCGGGAUGAGGAGGUGGAGGAGGCCCGGCAGUCGUGUCAGAAGAAAUUAAAACAAAUGGAGGUGCAGCUGGAGGAGGAAUAUGAGGACAAGCAAAAGGUGCUGCGAGAGAAGCGGGAACUGGAGAGCAAGCUCACCACGCUCAGUGACCAGGUGAACCAGCGGGACUUUGAGUCAGAGAAGCGGCUCCGGAAAGACCUGAAGCGCACCAAGGCCCUGCUGGCAGAUGCCCAGAUCAUGCUGGACCACCUGAAGAACAAUGCACCCAGCAAGAGGGAGAUUGCCCAGCUGAAGAACCAGCUGGAGGAGUCAGAGUUCACCUGUGCAGCGGCCGUGAAAGCACGCAAAGCAAUGGAGGUGGAGAUCGAAGACCUGCACCUGCAGAUUGAUGACAUCGCCAAAGCCAAGACAGCGCUGGAGGAGCAGCUGAGCCGCCUUCAGCGUGAGAAGAACGAGAUCCAGAACCGGCUGGAGGAGGAUCAGGAGGACAUGAAUGAGCUGAUGAAGAAGCACAAGGCAGCUGUGGCUCAGGCCUCCCGGGACCUGGCUCAAAUGAAUGACCUCCAGGCUCAGCUAGAAGAAGCCAACAAGGAAAAGCAAGAGCUCCAGGAGAAGCUACAAGCCCUCCAGAGCCAAGUGGAGUUCCUAGAGCAGUCCAUGGUGGACAAGUCCUUGGUGAGCAGGCAGGAAGCGAAGAUCCGAGAGCUGGAGACGCGCCUGGAGUUCGAAAGGACCCAAGUGAAGCGGCUGGAGAGCCUGGCCACCCGGCUCAAGGAGAACAUGGAGAAGCUGACUGAGGAGCGGGAUCAGCGCACAGCAGCUGAGAACCGGGAGAAAGAGCAGAACAAGAGACUGCAGCGGCAGCUCCGGGACACCAAGGAGGAGAUGGGCGAGCUGGCCAGGAAGGAGGCUGAGGCAAGCCGCAAGAAGCAUGAACUGGAAAUGGAUCUGGAGAGUCUGGAGGCUGCUAACCAGAGCCUGCAGGCUGAUCUAAAACUGGCAUUCAAGCGCAUCGGGGACCUGCAGGCCGCCAUUGAGGAUGAGAUGGAGAGUGAUGAGAAUGAGGACCUCAUCAACAGUUUGCAGGACAUGGUGACCAAAUAUCAGAAAAGAAAAAAUAAACCCGAGGGGGACUCAGAUGUGGACUCGGAGCUGGAGGACCGGGUCGACGGGGUCAAGUCGUGGUUGUCGAAAAACAAGGGGCCUUCCAAGGCAGCUUCCGAUGAUGGCAGCUUGAAGAGUUCCAGCCCCACCAGCUACUGGAAGUCCUUUGCCCCUGACCGGUCAGAUGAAGAGCACGACCCUGUUGACAGCACCUCCAGGCCCCGACACUCCCACAGCUAUCCGAGUGACAGCGACACAGAGGCCAAGCCAACGGAGACCAACGCAUAGCCUCGCACCCCAUG